GAUCAUUGCAUUGAAAUGAUCAGACAGAAUAUCAUGUGCAAUGCCGACGUGACGAUGAUAACAUGGGACUGGGUUGAAGGACACGAUAUCCCAUACCCUAACUUCAACAACCGCCACCAAUGCAGGAACUACGAGAAAAUCUUGGAUUGGGCUGAUAAGCACGCCGUUCAUAUCGAAAGAUCUGAGGUCACUCGCCUCGAAGAUACGAUUGAACUCCCCUUACCCAUCUAUCCAAUGAACCAUGAUGUAUAAGGAAUAACGUGCUGCUUACUUACUACGUACAUAAAUUCACGAGUAUCUUGCAAGAACGGCAAUGGCUGUCAGCUCAGUCGAAUUAAUGUAUUGUAACUACAUCCAAUGGCAUGAAUGAAUGAAUAAUACAU